UAGAAUAUGAACCUUUUUAGGCAACAGCUAGAGAGUACUUUUAAAUUAUCAAGCAUGGCUGAUAAUUAUAAUGUGUUAGAGCUCAACAUUGGUUUAGGCAACAACAACAACAGCAAAGUUGGUGGUCAUGCAGGGCAAUCACCAAGGCAAAGGUGCCCUGCACCGUUUCUGUUGAAAACAUACGAAUUGUUGGAAGAAUUAAGUGAGAAUGAAAAAGAUAGCACCAAAAUUGUGUCGUGGAAUGCAGAAGGAACUGGCUUUGUUGUGUGGUCCCCAGCUGAGUUCUCUGAGCUCACCUUGCCCAGAUAUUUCAAGCACAACAACUUCUCUAGCUUCAUUCGCCAAUUGAAUACAUAUGGAUUUAAGAAAAUAUCCUCCAAAAAAUGGGAAUUCAAGCACGAGAAAUUUCAGAGGGGUUGCAGGCACAUACUAGGCGAAAUCACGAGGAAAAAGUGCGAGCCAAGUGUGUUUCCUGCAUACCUAAAGUCUUCUUCUGAGGAAAAUAAUGCAACGAGUUCCAUGGAAGAAAACAAUGAUCAUCAUCAACUACUUAUGGAGGAGAACAAGAACCUAAAGAAGGAGAGAUUAGAGCUACAAAUGCAGAUAGAUGAAUGCAAAACACUUGAAAUGAAGUUGUUGGAAUGUCUCUCUCAAUUUAUGGACAGCCACCAAAAUAAAGUUAGGAGACUAUGUUAAUUGAUAAUUAUUAUUUGAUGAAAUUAAAAUAUAUAGAGCUGUUUAAGUUUUCAUUGACUAUAAAUAAGGCUAGUUUUAAUUUAACAAUCACGCUUUACUCAUAUAUCCACAUAAAUUCUUGGUGAGCUUAAAAUGUGAAAUUUAUCUGUUAAGAAACAAGCAUGUAAAUUUCUUUUUUAUAGAAAUUUCAAAUUUCACCAA